AUGGAAAACGGUGCCGUGGAGAUGGAGAUGGCUGAGUUUAUCCGAGCCCUGCGUGUGCUCAACUUCAAGGCUUUCAGCUACCUGGUAAAGGAGCGCUACCCGGACCUGUACUGGGACGACGGGCUCCUCCGCAAGCUGCACUCCCGCGACACCAUGCCGCCUCUCAAGAUACAGAGGCCGUCCUUUCAGAAGCCACCGCCGCCGUCCCAAGCAGGCGUCGAGCGGCGCAUCGACUGCACGGGCCCCGAGCCGGUGACGAGCAACGCGGGCCGGGGCAAUCGCGGGGCGACCGACAUGGAGCCUGGCCUCCGGAGCUUGCGCUCGCGGACCUGGUCGGAGAGCACGUUCCGGCAGCACGGCACGCCGCGCAGCGCCGGAAAGAGCGCCACCCCUGGCUCGGGAGACUCCCGGGGCUCGGGGUCAAAGGUUGCCGGGAGAGUGCAGUGCACAGGCCCGGAUCCGGCCGUGACAUCCGGCAACGUCAGCGAGGUUCCUGCACCGGAGCGGUCGCCCGACGAUCAGGCCGGAAUCCAGGUCUGGAAAUCCGUCUGUCAGAAGGACACCGGCAUCGGAGAAGGCAGCGGAAACCCCUGCGGCACUGCCAGCCCUGCGACGGCCAAUCAGCUGCCAGAGCGCCAACUCCUCCCUCUCCGAGCUCUACAGCCGGGAGUCGUGGGAGGGGAACGAGGGAGAUGGCGCCUUGGGUCCCAAUGUCACUCUCGGCUGGCCCGGCGGAGAGACUCGCGGCGGAAGUGCUGGUGGCGGUGGUGGCGGUGGCAGCCGGAUGACCAACAACAACAGCAGCAGCGGUGGCAGCGUUGGUGGCGGUGGCGGCGGUGGUGGAGACGGAGGCAGCUGCAGCGGGGACGGCGCCAGCAGCGGUGGCCCCAGCUCGGACUUCCAUGUCCGUCCGGGCCACAGCCCACAUGCCUUGGCUGGGCCUUGGCCUUCCGCGGCGAGGCGGACUUCAAUGAGGAAAUCAAGACGUAUGCACAGACGUUGGGCCGCAAAUACGGGCAGAGCGCCGGGCUGGAGGAGAGGUUGCAGGAGCUGGAGCAGCAGUUGAUGCUGGAGAAGAAGAACCUAAAAAAGACGCAGACGUACUACCGCAAGCUCACGCAGGGAUCCGUCAAGAGCAAAAGUGGUGGCGAUCGUGGGCUGCUGUUCAAGCUCACGUCCCAGAUGGAGGAGACACAGGGCAAAGUGGAACUGAUGCACUUUGUGCGCUCCUACCUGGAGCUGCUGACGGCUGAGCAAUGUGGCUUGAACCUGUACGACCUGCCCUCGCUCAAGACAAGCCGAUUUGCGGGGCAGCCCAGCCCGGACUCCGUGACCACCGACAUGGGGGAGGAGGAGGAGGCGGAAGACGCGAUGGCCGGCGACGCGAAAGACGUGGCUCCCCCGACCUUUGGCCUCCUCUUCCAGGCGGCCGCACCCAAAGAGGGUGCCCCAAAGGAGUCCACGGCCUUUGUUCAUGCAGGCACCCCCCUCGGACUCAUGUCCUACCUCUAUGCCAAGAAUUCGCUGUCCCAGGGAUACAUUCACCAGUUCUUCUACACGUACCGCUACUUUGUUUCCCCUCAGCAGCUCCUCAGCUUUAUCAUGGAGCAGUUUGUAAAUGCCUCCAGUGUCUACACGCCACAUUCGUCCAAGAUCUGCCAGCGCAGUAUGGACCUGCUGCACAUGUGGUUGCAGACAUGCUACAGGGUGGACUUCGCGGGCGAUGCGGAACUCACCAGCAUACUGCAGGGAUUCAUCUUAAACAAGGUGGUCUCAUACCACGAGACGGCGGGGCAGCACCUUCUGCACCACAGCAGCAACUGCGACCACUCCAGGGGUCAAGGGUCACUGAGCAGCCUGGAGGAGGACGACGAUUACGCAGUGUUCUCACCGGGCCCCGCAUCGGCACGUGCCUCCUUGGACAUCGGCGCGGCGCGGAGAGCCCGAGAUCAACACAAGGCCCGGCUGCCCGUGCAGCAGCAGAUGUCCGUCUCGGGCUGCCUGGGCCUCUUCCGACAAAUGUCCUCGGUCGGCGAGAGGGACACCUCGGUGUACAAGCACAGCGCCAAGAGCCCCGGCGCGUACAUGUUGGCCAAUUACACGGCGACGCAGAUAGCGUUGCAGCUCACCCUGCUGGAGGAGGUGACGUUCAAGUCCUGCCUCCCCGUGCACUUCAUGAACACACGAGCGCAGGGCGUCAGGGAGAAUCUGCAGCCUGGAAUCAACAGACUGACCAUCUGCUCGCCGGAGGGAGUCAGCCUGUUUGUGCCUGACUGCAAGCCCCGGGGAAGCCUGUGGAAAUUCCUGGACCACUCAGCCAACAUCAGCACCUGGGUGUCCGCCGAGAUCCUGAGCUGCGACUCCAUCAAGACACAGCUGGCUGUUCUCUCCAAAUUCCUGUACGUGGCCAAGACCUGCAGCAGUCCUGCGCAACUUCGCGUCCAGCAUGCAGAUCCUGAGCGGCCUGGAGAACUUCACCGUCCGGCAGCUUCCCGUGUGGAGGAGCCUUCCCUCCAAGGCGAUGGCCAUCAUGGAGGAGCUGGUGGCAGUAAAGGUAUUCCUGAAGAGUGACAGCGAGUGCUUACUGGAGGCCGAUACCAGUCGGCCCAAGCCAACCAUCCCCUGCCCUCACCUCUUCUCCAUGCACGUGCAGCAGCUGGAAGUUGGUGGUUUCACAAUGGCCAACAGGAUGUACAAGUGGCCCAAGUUAAGGUCACUGGCAAGGACGGUCCACCAGAUAGCGGCCUUCCAGAGUCGCACGUACGCCCUGGCGCCCGACGAGGAACUGAAGGUGCAGCUGCGUGCACGCAUCUGCCGCUUCCGCGGGGCCGACCUGCAGGCGCUAGCCUCGCAGCACGAACCCAACUACCACCGGCAGCCGGCAG